AUUUAAUUUGAAUGUGAUUCUUUUGUGUGCGUGUGUGUGUGUUUUUUCUUAAAUUUUGAAAAUUGUUCAAAUUCACCAAUCAACGUUUAAAACAAAUAGUGACAACAACAACAACGACGACUGGAAUUUAAAAAAAUGGCUACAACAAUAGUGAAAAAUACAUAUUCAUUAUUUGGUUUCGAAUUACCUGAUUAUCGUUAUACAUAUUAUAAUGUUAUAAAUGAAAGUCAUUCAUGGGAUCCGGAUGUGACGAAAUUUCCCGGAUUUCAAAAUUCAUUUGCAUUCGAACGAUCAUUCAUACCGAUUGGCAAUUGGAUCCAAUUACAAACACAAUUAUAUUGGCGUUAUUGUUUCCAUUUAUCCAUUGCAUAUGUUAUCAUCAUAUUCGGCAUACAACGCAUCAUGCGUGAUCGCCAAUCAUUCAAUCUACGUACAUUGUUAAUGUUUUGGAAUCUAGUGUUGGCCACAUUCUCAAUUAUUGGCACAUAUCGUUGUUUACCGGAAUUUAUUCAUAUUAUACGCACUGAAGGACUACGUGCUUCAUAUACAAAAUCUAGUUAUUAUGCUGAUUUUCGUCUAUCAAUUUGGUAUCUAUUUUUCACAAUAUCAAAAGCAUUUGAAUUGAUCGACACAUUGUUCAUCGUGUUACGUAAAUCAAAAUUAAUACCAUUACAUUGGAUACAUCAUAUAAUGACAUUGAAUUUUUCGUGGUUCGUUUUCACCGAUGUUCCGGCUACGGCACGUUGGAUGGUCAAUAUGAAUUUUGUUGUACAUUCAUUAAUGUACACAUAUUAUGCAUUGAAAGCGUUACGUUUUCAUAUACCAAAACCUGUUAAUUUAACAAUCACUACAUUACAAGUGGCACAAAUGUUUGCCGGUCUUUACAUUAAUUAUGAUUGUUUUAGACGAAAAUUAAUGGGCUAUCCAGUGGACACUUGUUAUUCGGUAUUGUUUACUGGUGUCAUAUUGUACACAGUGUUUGCCAUACUGUUUAUGAAUUUUUUCAUCCGAACAUAUGUAUUGCCAGCAAAACCUAUAAAUCAAAUGCUUAGCGAUAUAAAUCAUAAUCAUUAUAAAGGCGUUGUGAAAAAAUGUCAAUAAUCAAAUCGACUACGACAACAAUUCAAUGACGACAAAUUCUCCCCUUUUUUUAUAUAUAUAAAAAUUCUUUUCUCUUGCA